AUGGUCUCCCGUCUCGUCCUCGCCCGUCUGGCGCCCGUCCUCAACGUCACCCGCCCCUCCACAUCCACCGCUGCAGCAAGGGCGCUCCGCGGUGCUCGCGGCUACGCGACCGCGGAUAAUGAAAACACAAUGACCGUCCGCGACGCACUAAACCUUGCCAUGGAGGAGGAGAUGACUCGCGAUGAAAAGGUCUUCAUCCUCGGCGAGGAGGUCGCGCGUUACAACGGUGCUUACAAGGUCACCAAAGGGCUCAUGGACAAGUUCGGCGAGAAGCGGGUCGUCGACACCCCCAUUACAGAGAUGGGCUUCGCUGGCCUGGCCGUCGGUGCUGCCCUUCAGGGUCUUCGUCCCAUCUGUGAAUUCAUGACCUUUAACUUCGCCAUGCAAGCUAUUGACCAAAUCGUCAACUCGGCUGGCAAGACAUACUACAUGUCCGGCGGAAAUGUGCCAUGUCCAGUCGUCUUCCGUGGGCCCAAUGGUGCAGCUGCUGGUGUCGCUGCCCAACACUCACAAGACUACGCGGCUUGGUACGGUUCGGUACCCGGGUUGAAGGUCGUCAGUCCAUGGAGUGCAGAGGAUUGCAAAGGCCUACUCAAGUCCGCUAUCCGUGACCCCAACCCAGUCGUAUUCCUAGAAAACGAGAUGUUGUACGGCGUCUCCUUCCCGAUGUCGCAGGAGGCCAUGUCAGACAACUUCUUAAUUCCCAUUGGCAAGGCCAAGGUUGAGCGGGAGGGCAGCGAUGUCACCAUUGUCGCCCACAGCAAAAUGGUGACGCACAGCAUAGAGGCUGCUGACGCGCUCGCCAAGGAGGGCAUCAAGGCUGAGGUUAUCAACCUCCGCAGUAUUCGCCCUCUUGACAUCGAUACCAUUAUCAAGUCAGUCAAGAAGACGAACCGCCUUGUCAUUGUUGAGGGUGGCUUCCCUGCUUUCGGCGUUGGCAGCGAGAUCUGUGCACAAAUAGUUGAGAGCGAGGCCUUUGACUACCUCGAUGCCCCAGUUGAGCGGGUAACCGGCGCCGAUAUCCCUACACCUUACGCCACCAACCUUGAGACUCUGGCAUUCCCCGACACUCCUCUGAUCGUCAAGGUCGCAAAACGUGCACUUUACCGCACGAACUGA